UUGGCAGGCCCGGCCCCACCCCAUUCACCUGCGCAGGUAACCGGGGCCCGGGAGCGCUAGGCGGAGAGGCCUUGGAGCAUGCUUAGCCGUUUGUUCUGCGCUCCUGCGUGUGUCCGGAUCACAAGCACCAUAGGAUCCCAGAGGCCCGCACUGUGAAGGUGAUCCCCCUGGGGAGGAGGGCGACGGCCCUGGGAGGACGAUGGCCGGCGCCCGCCUCGCCCAAGCCCGUACCCCUGCGGUCGCCGUGUGGCUCCUGUGCGCGCUCGGUCUCCAGGGCACCGAGACCGGGUUGCCGCCUCCACCUCCUGGCCCUCCCGGGGCAGCCGCCUGCCUGGACCGCUUUACCACCGGGGUACCUGCCUUCGUACUGGACACCGAGGCGUCGGUCAGCAACGGGGCCACCUUCCUGGGCUCCCCGACCGUGCGCCGCGGCUGGGACUGCGUGCGCGCCUGCUGCACCACCCAGAGCUGCAACCUGGCGCUUGUGGAGCUGCAGCCGGACGGCGGCGAGGACGCCGUCAACGCCUGCUUCCUCAUCAACUGCCUGUACGAGAAGAACUUCGUGUGCAAGUUCGCGCCCAGGGAUGGCUUCAUCAACUACCUCACGCGGGAGGUUUACCACUCCUACCGCGAGCUGCGGACCCAGGGCUUUGGAGGGUCCCAGAUCCCCAGGUCCUGGGUGGGCAUAGACUUGAAGGUACAACCACAGGAACCCCUGGUGCUGAAGGAUGUGAACAACAUAGACUGGCACCUACUGCAGGGUGACACAGACGUCAGGAUAGAGAGGAAAAAUCCGGACCAGGUGGAGCUGUGGGGACUCAAGGAAGGCACCUACCUGUUCCAGAUGACAGAGACUGGUCCAGACCAGCUAGAGAGCCCAGCCAACGUCACUAUCACUGUGCUGUCCACCAAGCAAACAGAAGACUAUUGCCUUGCCUCCAGCAAGGUGGGCCGCUGCCGGGGCUCCUUCCCGCGCUGGUACUAUGAUCCUGCAGAGCAGAUCUGCAAGAGGUUUAUUUAUGGAGGUUGCCUGGGCAACAAAAACAACUACCUUCGAGAAGAAGAGUGUAUGCUGGCCUGCCGGGAUGUGCAAGGCCUCCCCAAGGAAAGGCACCAUCCAGUGUGCUCUGGCCGCUGCCAUGCCACCCAGUUCCGCUGCACCGAUGGCUGCUGCAUUGACAGCUUCCUGGAGUGUGACGAUACCCCAGACUGCCCUGAUGGCUCCGACGAGGCCACCUGUGAGAAAUACACCAGUGGCUUUGAUGAGCUCCAGAGCAUCAAUUUCCCCAGUGACAAAGGGCACUGUGUGGACCUGCCAGACACAGGACUCUGCCAGGAAAGCAUCCCUCGCUGGUAUUACAACCCCUUCAGUGAACGCUGCGCCCGCUUUACCUAUGGUGGUUGCUACGGCAACAAGAACAACUUUGAAGAGGAGGAGCAGUGUCUUGAGUCUUGUCAUGGCAUCUCUAAGAAGGAUGUGUUUGGACUGAGGAGGGAGAGCCCCAUUCCCAAUGUAGGCUCUGUGGAGGUGGCCAUUGCUGCACUCCUGGUCACCUGCAUCGUGGUGGUGAUAGCCAUCCUGGGUUACUGCUUCUUCAAGAACCAGAGAAAGAGCUUCCACAGACACCACCCACCACCCACCCCAGCCAGCUCCACUGUCUCCACCGCUGAAGACACGGAGCACCUCGUCUACAACCACACAACACGACCCCUCUGA